AUGGCGUCGUCGACGACGACCAUGGCGGCGGUGGCCCCGCUGCAAUUCGAAGACGCCUGGGAUCAACCGCAUGAUGCCGUGAAGCCACCCAUUCCCAAAAUGUCGCGAUUACGGAGUCUCCGGGGGAAGAGUGCCUCGUCAUUAAGGCGCCGGGCGUUUGACGUGUAUAGCGGACCACCUUCAGAGGGGAGCCAUCUGGCUCAGGGAGAUUGCUAUCCCCGCCUGGACACGCCAACUCUAUUAGGACGGCCCGUUGGUCGGCGUCGGUCCAAGAGCGUAGCCUCUGCGACUUUUAUGCGUGGGCGUCCUCUGCUGUCGCCCAAGGUUCAGGUUCAGGCACAGCAGGCGCCGCCUCCCGUUUCCUCUGUUUCAGCUGGCGCUCGUGGAGUCGCGCUCUUCAAGGGCCUCGCGGAGAGUGUAACAGGGGUUAUUGGCGGUUUGGCUCCACGAGCUGCGGUGGGCGCCGUGGGAAAUGGAGCCACGGCGCGUCGCCAAGGCUCGUCAUCACCGGCGCCAUCGUUGUGUCGGUCCCCAGCGCUCUCUCCUCGACCAUCUCCAUCGGUUCUCAGUUUUGCCAGCGCAUCCAGCAAUUUAAAUUUAGCGUCUGGACCUCCAAGGGGCCCCUCGCCCGCCAUCCCGCCCCUCCCAAGUCCCCUGUCCAGCCCCCUGUUCACCCUGACGCCUAAAUCACCAAACUUCCCGUUGUCUGGUCCGGUUUCUUCUUCUGCGCAACUCCCCUGGCCAACUCACAGUCACAGCCGUCCUCAAACUCCUACUCGAAGCCCGAGCCGUGGUCGCCGUCGCACUCGAGAUUGGGAUCAACCAAGGAAAACACCGUCCAACUCUCCCGCCUCAAGAUCGCCCGCGCCAAAAUCGCCUCUAGCAUCGUCGCCUAUUCUUCGUACCGUCCCAUCGGCGAGUGACAUCGCUCGCUUCAAGAGUCGCAACCUUCUUGCGCUUCGCAUAAACACUGAAACUGCAGAGCGCGUCGCACAGCUCGAGCGCGAGGAAGUCGACCGUCAUCGUCAGGAAGAGCAAGAAGCAGAACUCUGGGCUGACGAGGUUGCUCGUCUAGAAGCGGAAACUGAUCGCAUUCUCGCUGAGGGGAGGAAACGUGACCUCGCUCGCAUCCAGGCGCAGCUUGCGACUCCAUCACCAAAGUUCACCAGGUUCUUUUUCCUCGACAGGCUUCCUUUCUUGUCUCGCGGCAGGCGAUCGAAUGCUACUACGAGCCAAGCCGGCACGCCAAGCCCGAGGGCACCAACUAUCUUCUCCAUCGACUUCAGCCGCUCCAACAGCCUCGAGGAUUCUUCAUCUCCAGACAAGAUGAGUUUUAUAGAGCAAGGAGGCAAGGGCAUUGUGCCAGGCAUCGAUGCGCCUACAUCUGCCAGCAAUGGAGGCGAAAGACGCGUGUGUGUACGAUGCCUUUCAUCCGUCAUCAACCUUCCAGUCACUCCCGAUACCUCGCCUAUGGAGAUUCUCUACUCGACCGCCAAUCUCACUACCCACGAUAUCAACCCCAAGGAGAGCGUGAUAAUCGAGUGCUAUGUCGAGCUCGGGUUGGAGCGCCGCCUCCGUCGCUAUGAACGCAUUCGUGAUGUCAUGAAUUCAUGGGACCGCGACCAGCAAAACUCGCUGCUUGUUGUCACCAAUGACAUCUCUGGGAGCUCCGAUGCCGACCUCGAUAUCAACUCGGUUCCUCGUACGCCAACUCCUCCACCGGGCUUCACUUUCCAGAUGUACCAUUCAUCCCGACCAGGGAAGUGGAAUAAGCGGUUUAUCACUCUGUUGGAGUCAGGCCAGAUGUACUCGUCAAAGAAGCCCGAUUCUAAACCCUCGGACAAGGACAGCACUGUUCUAUGCCACUUGUCUGACUUUGAUAUCUACACUCCUCGAGAGAGCGAGGUUCGGCGUCAUCUUAAAGCGCCCCGACGUUACUGCUAUGCUGUUAAGAGUCAGCAGAAAACCUUUGUUUUCCCCAACGGCGAGAACUUUGUUCAUUUCUUCUGCGCCGAGGAUGGCAAACUUGCUAAGCGGUUCCAUGAGCAUGUACAAGGCUGGCGAAGCUGGUACCUUGUCAACAAGAAAGUUGACUUUAAAACGGACAAGGCGCCCCAAAUCUCACUCAACUCGGACCCGGCGACAUCCCCUACAAGCACCAUGAAAUCGACAAGCACCGUCACAAAGGGGGGUCACCGUCUGAAGGUCUCUGUGGAUGAAACCCCUUAUACCAUUGGUGCCUUCCAACCACUCCUUGAUAUGGAUCGCUUCGACAAGCCCUUGGAAGAAUUCGGGAAGGAUUUUCUUGAUGAGAAGCCCAAAGAUCAGGACAAGCAUGAACACAAACAUGAGCACAAGCACGAGUCUAAGACCGAGCUCGAGCGCAGGGUAACUCAGAAGCGCAACGUCUUGACCAAGACCAAAUCUCUGCAUCGCUCCCGCACAGCACCCCAGCUGCCUCAAGGCGAGGAGUUCUCCCCUGCCGGGUUGCUGGGUCAAGGCUACGAGGAGAAGCGUAAGAUUGCGGAGCGAGCGCCUGUCAACAGCCCUCCUGCCACCAACACCAACUCUGCCUUUACUCAGGGACCUUCGCUGCUGAAUGGAGGUGUUACUUCGCCUACAUUUGCGCAGGAAACCAAGACAGAGACCCGGCCCAAGGAGCAGUCGAUGCGCUAUCGCAGCCGGUCCGUCCGCGCCCCUAACACGAGGCCUACGACGGCGGAUGCCAAGCGAGAGAAGAUCCCCCCUCCACCAAUCGGCCAGCCCCUUGUCAACUUUCCCGAGCCAAAGGGUUGGAGAGAGAGGGAGAGAGAAGGCAAGGGCCACGGUGUGAAGGCUCCAACAGGUGGUCCACUCAUCAGCCUCGUUACCGGUGGUCAACCUGCCAUGAUGACCUAUAGCAACAGCCGCAGCGGCUCUGGCCUCAUCAACCAGCCUCGUAUCCCUGCGUCAUCGUCGUCUUCCUCUAUGCCCGCCGGCAGCCGCCCGCGGAGCCGAUCUACCGCUGGAAUGCAACAGCCUUCAAGUCGUGCUCCUCCCGUUCCUCCUUUGCCCAUUCGUUCUCUCCGUCGGGAGAUGACGCAACCUUUGGAUCAGUCCCGUGGUCGUGACUCUCGCCCAAGUGAGCCACUCAUCAAUCGGGCUGGCACAAUGGGAUUCUCAAGCUCCUCGUCGAGGUACUGA